AUGGAUUCGAUGUACAGCAAUAAUAUUGACCCCUGGGAGCCUGGGUAUGGACCUGAUCGGCGACCAGGUCACGGAUCAGAUUACGGUGGUGAUUACCGUUCAGACUACGGAGAGCACAGGUCAGUGGAAUAUGGCGGAGCGGAACACAGAGAAAGAGAGCAUCGUAGUCCCGAAUACAGAAAUCACCGAGGUCGAGAUAGGGAUAGAGAAAGGGAUCGUUCUCGCGAGAGAAGAGAUAGGAGCAGAGAAGAUCGAGAUAGAAAUCACAGAGGUGACAGGGACGAUCGUUACGGAAGGCAGAGGGAUGGAAGAGACUCUGCAGAACGAGAAAGAGAGCGCUCUAGAGACAGAGACCGUGAAAGGGACAGAGACAGGUCUCGAAGAGAUAGAGAUAGGGACAGGGACAGAGGUGGGAGGGAUGACAGAAGAGGAAAAAGAACGGAUGACAGGGAUAGAGACAGAGAUGAUGAUCACAGCAGGGAAAGUAUCGAUUUUGAACACGACCAUGGCAGGGGCUAUGGCUCCUCAAUGGAAGGAAUUCACUACAAAUCACAAUCACCCAAUAACACGAUAAUGAUCAGAGGACUGGCUCAACACAUAACCGAAAAUGACGUACGCCAGGACAUUCUAAACUGCGGUUUAAUGCCAAAGGAUAUCAGGCUGAUCAGGAAAAAGGAUACAGGUGCUUCACGAGGUUUUGCAUUCGUCGAGUUUAACGCGACUCAGGAGGCCUCGCGAUGGAUGGAGAUGAAACAGGGUGUCCUGAUGCUACAGGAACAGUAUCGAGCUGUCAUGCAGUACAGCAUACCGAAGGAUUGUCACGUUGACAAGCCACCGGCUAAAAAUACCCAAGAUUGGCACUGCGUCAAGUGUGGAGCACAUAACUUCAAAAGGCGUGAGACCUGUUUUAAGUGUUGCGCGUCGCGCGCCGAAAGCGAGGAGGGCGGCGAAGGAAGCGACGAGAUAAGCCCGCAUCCUACAAACACGGUGCUCCUUCGCGGUCUCGACGUCCUGACGACCGAGGAUUCGGUACUACAAGCCAUGAAGAACCUCUCCUCCCUACCGAUCAGGAGCAUCCGGAUCGGCAGAGACACUCUCACGAACACAUCGAGGGGUGUAUGUUACCUGGAGAUGGCUAACGUAGUCGACGCAAUGUUCCUCCACACGUCAUUGAGUAAACAGGGGCUCCUCGUAGACGGUAGAAAGGUGGAGAUCGCCUACUGCAAACUCCAUCAAGUGAACAACGCCGGUAAUUGGAAAUCCAACGAGUCGCAGCCGCAGAGGUACACCUUGGACGACGUCAACCAACUGGCGGAGUACAGCGCCAACAUGUACGCCAAAACACCGGCCCAAAAAGCGCACUAUCUUCAGUAUUACACGCAGUACUAUCAGAACCAGAUAAUGCAAGGUUCCACCAUAACUUUGCCCUCUCUGAAUCAAACCGACAGAGUAAACGCAGCUGCAGCGGUUGCUCAGUCCGCGAUCCAGCAGCUUCAGGCUUCGAGAAAACUGGGAGACGCCGAAGAAAUGAGGGCGAGACCCACCCCCACAGCUCCGAGCAGCACCUCGUUGGCCACCGGUAGAGUCCCUGCCCACGCCAGCGAUGGGAAAGUAUAUUCCGUGCCCGACGUCAGCACGUACCAUUACGACGAACCCUCGGGUUACUAUUACGACCCGAGCACCGGAUUGUAUUACGAUCCCAAUUCCCAGUACUACUACAACAGCCACACACAGCAGUUUCUCUACUGGGAUGCAGAGUCGUUGUCCUACCAACCAGCCAAGGGUGCGGUCGGAAUGCCUCAUAGCCUCGGUGUUCCGGGGGCGCUGUCGUCCGCGGAGGGCGGAUCUUCCUUGGCAAAUAUCGCGCAGCAGCAGCAACAAGAUUGCGGAAGUUCGGCCCAGACUCAGGAGCUCCAGAGGGAGGACGAACUGUCGAAAAAAAAGGAGAAUAAGCAGGACAAAGUGAAGGUCGCUAAGAAAAUUGCUAAGGACAUGGAACGGUGGGCGAAGACCUUGAAUCAGAAGAAGGAAAACGCGAAAUCGACGUGGACCUGCGAGUACGCGGGCUUGGAGGGCGGUCAUCAAGGUGCCGGUAGCGGCGCAGCGGAUGCGGGCUACGCAAUUUUGGAAAAACGAAACCUGGCCAGCGCGUACCAGGAGGAAGAAGAUCCCAGCGGUAGCAACGGUCUGGUAGCCGCUUACGGAGGAGGAAGCGACACGGAGGAAGAAAUUGAAGACGUUCAGCAGGAAGAGCGCCAACAUACGGAUUGGAGUAAACUGGCCUGUUUGCUCUGCAAGAGACAGUUUCCCAGCAAGGAGGGACUUUUGCGUCACCAGCAGUUGUCCGAUCUGCAUAAACAGAACUUGGAAAAUUGGUACCACGUUCGUGGUUUGGAUCCCAACGAUCCACAGCAAAGAAACAGUAAAUACAGAGACAGGGCUAAGGAAAGGAGAGCCAAAUACGGUGAGCCGGAACCCCCGCAGCCGAAUAAACUAAAAGAAAAAUAUUUGAAAACCAGAGUAGACGAAGUUUCUGUGUCUUACGAGGAACCGACUAGGGCAGGUAUCGGUUCGGACAACGUCGGUAAUAAAUUGCUCCAAAAAAUGGGUUGGAGCGAGGGCAUGGGGUUGGGUAAAUCCAAUCAAGGUAGGACCAGUAUAAUAGAAGCGGAGAGACGAGUUCCAACCGCAGGUUUAGGGGCGAAGGCUGCGGCUUACAACGCUCUACCUGGUGACACGUACAAGGAUUGUGUUAAAAAGAUGAUGUAUGCGAGAUACCAAGAACUAUCGGACACAUAAUAAUUCUGGUAUUUGAGGAAAAAAAAAAAAACAACAUUUUAUA